AUGGCUACUCAAAGGAAUAACCCAAACACCUCUAAAUCCAUGGCUGAUCAAAGGAAUAACUCAAACACCUCUAAAUCCAUGGCUGAUCAAAGGAAUAACUCAAACUCAAACUCAAACCCAAACCCAAACAACUCUAAAUCUAUAAACAAGAAGAGACAACCAUUUGCCGACAUAUCCAAUUUCAAUCUUAUACCCACUUCCACUCUCCGUAAACUUUGCUCCUUCUCCUCUCCUGCUACUUCGAAAUCCCAAAAUGUUAUUCCAAAACCCCCAAUUUCUGAUUCCAAUUCUUCAAAACCCAAUUACAAGGAGGCAAACUCUGAAACAAGCGUCGCUUCUUCCGAUUUCAAUUCUGUUCAAAACCCUAAUCCCCUUCAGUCGUCCACCAUCCCUUCUGGCAGGGGUAAUGAAGCUGUACUGUAUAAUCGAAGGCACACUACAAAGAAGCCCAAUUUAGAAGCUACUGCUCUGCCCUUCACUUCCAGUCAUGAAAACAAAAAAGACAAAAGGAAGGAGAUUGAUGUGCCUUGCCUUUCCCUGCCUCCUCCUACAGUUAUGAAGGAUAAAGGGAAAGCAAUUGCUGAGCCUUUCAGUAGCUUAUCUCCUGAGACUAGGCAAGAUAAGGGGAAAAGAGCAGUUGCUCUGUCUACCCCAAUUUCAGGAGAUAAAGCUGCAGUUAACAAUCGAAGGCAGACUGCAAAGAGGUCUAAUUUAGAAGCUAGUGCUCUGCCAUUCACUUCCAGUCAUGAAAACAAAGAGGACAAAAGGAAGGAGAUUGAUGAGCCAUUCCUUUCCCUGCCUCCUCCUACAGUUAUGAAGGAUAAAAGGAAAGCAAUUGCUGAGCCUUUCAGUUGCUUAUCUCCUGAGACUAGGCAAGAAAAGGGUAAAAGAGCAGUUGUUCUGUCUACCCCAGUUUCAGGAAAUAAGAAGACGAAAGGUAUUCAUGAGCCUUUCAUGUCUUCAUCUCCUCAGAAGGCAAAAUCCAAAGCUCAGGCAAUUUCUCAUGAGCACUUCCCUUCAAAUGAAAAAGCAGCUGAAGAAACAGUUGGUGUAUCGUCUGGAAGUUGCUCAUCUUUAAAGAGAACAAGGGGAAAAGGGAUAGUAGAUGCUUCAGUUUUUAGUUGCCCCACCUUGCCAAAGAAGAGAACGAAUAGGAGUGAAUUCAGUGGAGUUGGUGAUAUUAAACCGUCUGGAUCAUGGACGGAUCCUACUGGAAAGCGAAAGAAGCGGAGGUGCACACAGCAGAAACCUGCCGUUGAAGAGUCCUUGCCACAAGAUUUUGUCAACUACUGGCGAGAGCAUUUUAAAGAGAUUGAUGAGUUUGAAUUGCCAGAAGAGGAAGCAUCAUAUAGUGAUUUGGAAUAGAAAGGAGAGGAACAGUGCUUGGCAGGAAGCAAAUCUAGUGUGACCAACUGACCCCCAUGUGUAUAGUAAUGUCCAUAUACUUCAUAAACGUGUUGAUGUAGCUGACUAACAUAGUUAUCAAUGAUAACUUUUUAUAGUUGUUGUAGCUAUUAUGUGCAUUUGUUGUUUGAAGAAGGGUAAAAGGCUCUUUUCCGCUG